GAGAAACGGGGAGGGAUCAGGGUGCCAUAUGGAAUUCUGAUGAGAGCAGGCGGGGAAAGGAUUCGGGAGGCAUUACGGGGGAGAGGGUGUAAAGAGGCAAGGGAAAGGAUCCUCCCUGACUAACCAUGGGAAUCAUCGUCAUUAGUGAUAUAGAUAGAUCUCCUGGCAUGGACAAAUGAGGAAGAAGCAGGCGAGGCCCGCGAAACGGCUUUCCAGUGGAGCAUUUCCGGAGGAAGAUGGCUCAGUAGGGUACUCCCGAGAGCUGCUUUCUGCGGUAUGGCGUUCUCCGUCAUCCUCCCCUCUUGUUCACAACACAAUCAUCUCAGCAACAGAGGAACCGGACGACUCGGUCGAAAGUCCUUUUUGUGCUUCUGCCAUGCAAGACGCGGCAGGUAUCUUCCAUGAUGAUACUUCUCUCUUGAAAGUUCCAAAGUAUGAGCCGGAUGAUUUUGAGAGAUGCUGUAGUGUCGGGGAGUGCACGCGAUUUUCCAGAUCGCAGUUUGCCCAUUACGGAUCCCUCAAUGGAUACAGCUCCCCCAUUCCUGCAAGCUAUCCAGUUCCCAUCAUUUCUGAUAUCAAUGACUACCACAAGUCCUUUUCUGUGUUCACUGCUAAUAGGAAUUCCACACAGAGCAAUUUAUUUGAUAUUCCAUCCACGAGUUUUUCUCGAGCCGACGGAUCUACCGCGUCAACGGAUUCAGAAUCACCUUUGAAACGUUUGGAGCGAUGCGUGCGAGCAAACAGUGAGGCGGGAUGUUCAACUUUUGGGCUUUACAGAAGCAGUAGGCCUUCCACGUCGACAAGAUAUGCUUUGACGCAAUCGCGCAGCAAUGCUAAUUCGAUGAAAUUACGCUUUGGAUACGAUUCAACGAAAGCAUCAGCAGCAGAUGCUUUAGGUGAAUUGUCACAACUGGUACAUCGAAUUGGUACGGCAAAAUUACCGGUGCCAGCAACGUCCAGUAAAUGUGUUCCUAGCAGUAUCACUAGUAAUAUUUUCACUUGUCUAAAAUGUGCUCAGCGAUUUGAUACACUUGAUGAAUUAGUGUUACAUAUCAGUACAACAAAACAUUUCACACGCGGAUUAACCAAAAAUCUAGAUGCUGUAGCACCGUGGGAAAGAGAUCGAGCGGCAGCAAAUUUCGAGAAACAGGUGGCGUCAUCGAAUUUUCUAGCAUCAUUAUUUUACACACAAAAAUGUCUUGAAGUACCACAAAAUCUAUUACAAAAAAGCAUGGACAAUAAUUUUUGAACGGGUUCCUUCAGUGUUGAAUAGUUUAUUAUUAUUAUAUUUACUGCAAACUUCAAUAAAUUAACUCUGAAAUUAUUGAGCCGGAUCAAAAUAUGUACUAUGGACAAAAAGUUGUGAUAAUUGAACUUGCGGUGAAAAGUGUUUUGAUUAAUGAAGACGGGUUGGACGCAACAGAUUUAGUAAGAACAUAUUUGCUGUUGAGAUCUAAACACCCUCAGUUUGUUCCGCGGCAGUGGCACUGACUUCACAACUUUCAUGGAUCUCUUCCUCGAGACUUGCGGAUUUCAAAAGCAAGUAAAUUGACGUGACGAUUUUCUUUUCGGUUUGUCUUUCUCUUUUCUGGUUAUUCCCCUCCGAGUCUAUAUGCUUUUAGUAUGGAUUUAUGAAGUUUUUUGUUAGAUUAACAGAAAACGUUUCCAAGCCAUGAUACAGACAGAGGUUAUGGUGAAAUAUCGUAAGAUAUAAUGUAUCGAGUUACCUACAAAUAAAAUCGUCAUGGCAACUGCAGCAUUUCAGAAACUCCUAGUAUAAUGGGUAUGAUUGCCCUGUCAUUGGGAAGAUUUGCAAAUUUGAUAGCGCAAACGUGCAGCAUGUGAGUACGUUAUAUGGUAUACUGUUCAGAUACCAAAAUUUCUAAAGCAGUUUUAAUUUCGGCUUCAUAAAUUUGUUAACUCAUGCGUGGUUCGAUUGUUUUAAAGCCAAAGACUGAUUAUAUUUGAUGAACUUUCUCCUCUAUUGUUAAUGUUAUUUGUGUCAUGAGGAUUGUAUCUUAUUAUUUUUGAAGAUUGUGUACAGAAGUAUUUACAGUAAAAAGAAUAUCUGUCAGAGAGUAAAGCAGUGCAACUGCUGUAAAAAGGAACUUGAUAGCAAGACUGCUUAUUAUUGAUUAUUAUGUUAUUAGCAUUAUUUAUUAUAUUUAUCAUUACGUUAUAUUACUAUGUUAUUAUCAUUAUAGUGAAAAGACAAGGAUAAUGAUUGGAAGAUAUUGAGAUACUUGGAAAAAAGUGUUUACCAAUAAAAUAUUUUGAGAAG